AUGGCACCACAUUCUGCAACCUCCAUCCUCACCUUCCUCUUCAUCCUCACCAUCUUCUCAUCACCAUCACCAACCUUCAUCACCACAGCCAGAGCACAAGCCAGGCCGCCCCACGGCCUCGUCUACUCGGGCCCCGUCGCCUUCUCCCCAUCCGCAGUCCAGUUCUUCCACCCAGACAACCAACUCCCUCACCCUGAGGCUGCUCAGGUCACCACCGCCGCCGCCGCGAAAUCCAGCUCCACCACCACCAUUCCCUCGAGGUCCGGCGGGAGGAGUGGAUUGGGUGCAGGGGAGAUUGCAGGGGUUGUGUUUGGUGCUGCAUUUGCUGUGUUCAUCGCCAUGGGUGCUUACUAUGUGGUGAGCAAACGUAGGGCCAAUUUGGGCAAGGCCAGCAACAACUCUGUUCAGUCACAUGUUUAA